AUGUCCUACAACUACAACCAACCAGGCGGUUAUCAGCAGCCGUAUCCGGGCCAAGCCCCGCCGCCACAAGGCUACGGUCAACAUCAACAGUAUCAACCACCUCCACAGCAAGGCUAUCAACAACCGCCACCAAUGCAGAACCAACAGUACGGAGGCUACCCGCCUCAACAAGGUUAUGGUCAGCAACCACCGCAAGGUCAAUAUGGGGGUUUCGGCGGGCCACCAACUCAGGCUUCCCUCGGUUAUGGCCCCAUGCAGGUAGCCAACAUCGACGUCAGCAAAGAUGUUGAAGCUGUCCGUAAAGCAAUGAAGGGAUUCGGAACUGACGAAAAGGCGCUCAUCGCGGUUUUGGCGAAGAGGGAUCCUAUCCAGGUCAACACCAUUCGGGCGCAAUACGACCAGCGCCUGAUGCGAAACAUGGUCCAAGAUCUUGAGAAAGAGACCAGCGGCUAUUUCGCGAAAGGACUUGUCGAAAUUGCACGCGGCCCUCUAGUAUCCGACUGUUACAACCUCAUGGAAGCGAUGAAGGGCAUGGGCACGAAGGAGGUCAUCUUGGACGACAUCCUUAUCGGCCGAAGCAACGCCGACAUCAACGCCAUCAAGCAGAAGUACCAAGAACUAUUCCAACGGCCGCUACAGAAAGACCUCCAGGGCGACCUCAGUGCCGGAACCGAACAAAUGUACGACAUGAUCAUCUCGGCCCGCCGCGCAGAAGACUCAUACCCGGUCAACCCUCAAGAAAUCGAGCAGGCUGUCACCGAUCUUCAAGCCGGCAUGGGUGGCUUUGCUAGCAAGAACGUUCCUCAAGUGUGCCAGAUCCUCACCAGCAAAAACGACGCGCAGCUCAAAGCCAUGGCGAACUCUUACCAACAGCGCUUCCACAAGUCCCUCGACAGCGUGAUCAAGUCCGCUUUCUCAGGCCACAUGGAAGAUGCACUCCGCCUACUUAUCCACCGUGCCACCAACCGGCCCGAGGCUGAAGCCGUUCGUCUAGAGGAAUCGAUGGCUGGUCUGGGCACCAAGGACGAGAUCCUCGUACAACGCGUUGUCCGCUGCCACUGGGACAAGAACUUUAUGAACGCCGUCAGCAACGCGUACAAGCAGGUCUACAAGAAGGACUUGGUCAAGAGGAUAGAAGGAGAGACGCGCGGCGACUACGAGAAGCUCAUGGUUGCUUGUGUGAAGCCUUGA